UUGACGGAAGUGCCCACGGAAGAAGAGAAGAGAUGGUGCGCGUGAAGUCCAGGUAUUUAGUGUGCGAAAUCAACGUGUCAGAGCGGAGCCGCCUGCUGCUGCUGAAGGACCGGGCGGUGGCGGCGGCGGUGAGGGCAGCGGUGGCCCGCAUGCACGGGGAAUACGGAGCUGCUCUCUGCAGCAUCAGGUUCUCUGUGAAAUAUCUGAAUGUUGACACUGGAAUAGUCCUCCUGCGUUUCCCUAAAAGCUGUUAUAAACUCCUCUGGUCUGCAUUGCCUUUCAUCACCGGGAUUGAAACUCGUGGGCAGAAAAUCCCAUGUUUUCUGAACUGUUUGCAUGUGGGGGGAACAAUCAGAACAUGCCAGAAGUUUCUGGUGCGAUACAACACCCAGCAGCUUUGUCGAAUGCUCCCUAAAUGUAAAAACGAAGAAGACAAACGACAAGUUCAGAUAGAAAUCCUGAACUGCUCUCUAACAGGAGGAAACAAGGACGCAUUUAAGGAUGAACCUAAGAGUGAGGAGGAUGAAGACGAGUGACUUCACAGCAUGCAGUAGAAGGCGGCGGACUGUUUUUGUUACAGGACUGUUCGAUAGAAGAUAUGAAACAUUUGAAGAAAUGCAUAUCCAACUCUGUGGAAACAGUUUACUGGAGC